AGGCGGCGGAAGGAAGCGCGGCGGCGGCGGCUCCGCUGUGCGGCCGGCCCGGCGGGAGGCGGUGGUCAGGCCGGGAGAGGUAAAGAUGGCAGCAGAAGAGAAAGAGGAAGGUUGGAAAGAGCACGGUGGGGCUGCAGUGGCUGGUGAGGAGGCAGCAGGUGAGCUGCUGGGCCAGCAGCUGGGCGAGCCGGCGAAGUUUGCUUACGCGGCGCUGUGUGGCAUGUCCCUGGCAUGGCUCUUCCCUGAAGAAGAGCAAAGCUCCUUCAGGACAGAAUUCAUUAAGGCCUUUGUGAAAUGGCUGAAGCUGCCUGAUGCUGUCUUGCCUGCCAUGACAGCAUUUGCUAGUGGCUUAGGAGGUGAGGGCACAGAAAGUUUUGCCCAAGUGUUGCUGAAGGAUCCCAUCUUGAAAGAAAACCCAUCUGGCAUUACCCAAGACCUUCUGGCCUUUUCUCUUCGGGAUGGCUACUACGACGCUCGAGCGAGGGUGCUGAUCUGCCACAUCACCUGGCUGCUGAGAAUCCCCUUGGAGGAGCUGGAUGUCCUGGAGGCAUCUCUGCUUGAGAGCCUGAAAGAUCAAAAAGAGGAAGAAUCAGAAACUGCAGAAGCCUCAAGAAAGAAGAAGGAAAGGAGAAGAAAGCUGAAGAGAUACCUGCUGAUUGGCUUGGCAAGCGUUGGGGGUGGAACAGUGAUCGGCCUGACAGGGGGUCUGGCUGCCCCCCUGGUUGCUGCAGGAGCUGCUACCAUCAUCGGGAGCGCUGGAGCAGCCGCUCUGGCUUCCACUGCUGGGAUUGCUGUCAUGGCAUCACUGUUUGGAGCAGCUGGAGCUGGGCUGACUGGCUACAAGAUGAAGAAGCGUGUGGGAGCCAUAGAGGAGUUUGAAUUCCUCUCACUGACUGAAGGCAGGCAGCUUCACAUCACCAUAGCAAUUACUGGGUGGCUCUCUGCUGGCAAAUACGGGAGCUUCACAGCCCCAUGGAGCAGCAUGCUGCAGUCCAGUGAGCAGUACUGCCUGGCCUGGGAGUCAAAGUACUUGAUGGAGCUUGGCCAUGCCUUAGACACCCUGCUGAAUGGCUUUGUCAACAUGAUGGCUCAAGAGGCCCUCAAAUUAACUGUCUUGUCAGGGAUUGUGACAGCCUUGACUUGGCCAACAUCCCUCUUGACUGUUGCCAGUGUCAUUGACAACCCCUGGGGAGUCUGUCUGCACCGCUCAGCUGAAGUGGGCAAGCACCUGGCACAGGUCCUGCUCAGUCGACAGCAGGGCAAGCGACCUGUCACACUGAUUGGCUUCAGCCUGGGAGCAAGAGUCAUUUACUUCUGCCUGCAGGAGAUGGCUCAGGAAAAAGACUGUGAAGGGAUCAUUGAGGAUGUGGUCUUGCUGGGAGCUCCAGUGGAAGGAGAAGCCAAGCACUGGAAAGCUAUCACCAGAGUGGUGUCAGGCAGGAUCAUAAAUGGCUACUGCAGGGGAGACUGGCUGCUGGGCUUUGUGUACAGAACCUCUUCUGUCCAGAUCAACGUUGCAGGCCUCCAGCCAGUUGACUUGGAGGACAGGAGGAUGGUGAACAUGGAUCUGUCAUCUGUGGUGAAUGGGCACCUGGACUACAUGAAGCAGAUGGACACCAUCCUGAAAGCUGUGGGCAUUAAAACCAAGGAGUGCUGGCAGGAGAAGAAGGGCAGCAGCAGCCUCUGCAACCCUGCAGCCAAGAAACCUCAGCAGGCAGCAGGCAGCAAGCCUGGGGAUGAGGAGGGCACAGAGCCAGAGCAGGAUGGGGCUGGUGGUGAGGCUCUGCCAGCUGCCCAGCGUCCCUCCCACUGCCCUCAGGGGGACACCUCAGUGCCCUCUCCCAACAGUGGGGACAGGCAGCAGCAGGAGGAGUGAAGUAGAGCUGCCUGUGCUGGGCAGAGAUGCUGAGCCAGCACUGGCACCCCUGCCAGCUGGGCUUCCCAAAGGACUGUGGGCAGGGCUGGAGCUGUGGUUCCAGAGCCUGGAGCAUGGCACCGGCUGGCACCAGAUAAAGCUUCUGGAGCAGCCACCCACAGCAGCAGCUGCCAGGGCAGAGCAAGAGCUGGUUCCUGCCUGGAUGGGCUGAGUCCUGCCUGGCUCCUGCAGCAGCAGCAGCAGCUCUUCCCUCCUCACACAGGCCAGGUUUAUCCUGGAGGGAAGCAGCUGCCAGGUUAGAGGCUGUGCCUCUGCUGUGGCCCUUUGGGGAAGCAGGUGACUCGAGGGGAGGGGGGGGAUUUUUAAGCUGGAGAGGGGCUGAUCUCUGAGGAAUUAAAGCACAUUUUUCCACCCUUGC